CUUCUAGCCUCCUGCACCGCCUCCCCCUGGUUUCGGCCGGCCGAAUUCACAGAAGACUCAGAGAGUGGCGUCUACAUGCGCUUCAUGAGGUCACACAAGUGUUACGACAUCGUUCCCACCAGUUCAAAGCUUGUGGUGUUUGAUACAACGUUACAAGUGAAAAAGGCCUUCUUUGCCUUAGUAGCCAAUGGUGUCCGAGCAGCGCCGCUGUGGGAGAGUAAGAAACAAAGUUUUGUAGGAAUGCUAACAAUUACAGAUUUCAUAAAUAUACUACAUAGAUACUAUAAAUCACCCAUGGUACAGAUCUAUGAAUUAGAGGAACAUAAGAUUGAAACGUGGAGGGAGCUUUAUUUACAAGAAACAUUUAAGCCUUUAGUGAAUAUAUCUCCAGAUGCAAGCCUCUUCGAUGCUGUAUACUCGUUGAUCAAAAAUAAAAUCCACAGAUUGCCAGUUAUUGACCCUAUCAGUGGGAAUGCACUUUAUAUACUUACCCACAAAAGAAUCCUCAAGUUCCUCCAGCUUUUUAUGUCUGAUAUGCCAAAGCCUGCCUUCAUGAAGCAGAACCUAGACGCCCUUGGCAUCGGGACCUACCACAACAUCGCCUUCAUCCACCCGGACACUCCCAUCAUUAAAGCCUUGAACGUCUUUGUAGAAAGACGAGUGUCGGCCUUGCCUGUGGUGGAUGAGUCAGGAAAAGUUGUAGAUAUUUAUUCCAAAUUUGAUGUCAUUAACCUUGCUGCUGAGAAGACGUACAAUAACCUAGAUAUCACAGUGACCCAGGCCCUUCAGCACCGCUCACAGUACUUUGAGGGCGUCGUGAAGUGCAGUAAGCUGGAAAUACUGGAGACCAUCGUGGACAGAAUAGUGCGGGCCGAGGUGCAUCGGCUGGUGGUAGUAAAUGAAGCAGAUAGCAUCGUGGGUAUUAUCUCCCUGUCAGACAUUCUGCAGGCCCUGAUACUCACGCCCGCAGGUGCCAAACAAAAGGAGACGGAAACCGAAUGACCGCUGUGAGUGGAGAAGCCCUCGUAGGAGAACUUGAACAAAGAUUCUGGGUCACGCUUUGCCUCAUGAACACUGACCGUGUUAGAAGACCGUAAAAUGGCUAAGAAUGUAUAGCAGGGUUUAGCGAUGGGUGUUUUUUCCAGUGACGUUGAAACUGAGCAUAAGAAACAGGUUUUAUGUGUUUGAAGAUUCAGCCUUGCAUUAAAAGACUGUUUUCAGACCUUCGUCUGAGCGAUUUCAAAUGCUGUAUGUUAUUAAAGUGCACUGUGUCCUGAAAUUUUUUAUUAUUUUUCGUUUCAAAGAAUUCACUGGUCUGUAACAGGUAAUAUGACAUAAGGCGAGCGCAUGGCUUCUUCAGACCUAGUGCCUUAUGUCGGAACACGUGAUAUGUCAUCACUGCGGCCCGUGGCAGCUGGAGCCACACGGUGCUGGGGCGUGACAGUCUUUGGACCUUUACCAAAUCAGUUUUGUUCUCAUUAGAUUUGUCAAACCGUUGUAAUUUGGAUAUAAAUCAUUACUUUGUAAACCUUCAAUGGCAGUUUUACGUUUAAGUGUCUGUUCUGAACUACAGUGUAAACAAAACUGCUUUACAACAGCUUUAUUUAUUUUUACUUUCCUGCAAUUUUUUUUUUUUUUUUAACACAUCCUGGUGGGUAAACCUCCCCAUGCCCGUUAAUAAACCAUCGGUGGUUAUUUUUAAAAGGCAAAUUUCUCAUUUAAGUUUGGAUCUGGAAAGCGUAGGACUUCUAAAAUAGCCACUGUUAGAGUGGAAAAGCCGAAGUUUCUGAAAGCACGGGUGAAAACGUGCUCUGCUAGACUGGGAACAGGCGGCAGUUUUGAGCGAACAGAGUGCCGGGAAGAGGUCUAUUUUUUUCUUGUGUACUGAAACGUAAAAUCACAAUGUUUGUACGGCUGCUGUGCGAUCGUCCGUGUAAAUUCUAUUGUGGCACAUGCAAUAUGUCAUGUGGUUGAAGAGAAACCAUGUUUCCUAAUGUAAGUGCUCUGAAAAUGUCCACACUGUAUAUAUAUAUGAGUAUAGUUUGAUUUUUUUGUUGUUGUUUUGGGGUUUUUUUGGCAGAU